GAUCUGGUUGGAACAUCAGUCUUUUAUGUUCAGUAUUUAGAGUCAUUGCUGGAAGCACAGAAGAGCAACAAGAUAAUCCUGGCCCGGGAGGCAACAGUAAAGCUGGACUUGGCAAAACUGGCUGAAGAGACUGAGCUGGAACAGAAGCACUCUGGUUGGGCAAGCACCAGAACUGAGACACAGGAGUGUGCAGCACUGUGUAGGUGACACGGAGAUGGAGGAUUUGGAGCACAGUUUGAGGAAAAAGCUGCACUGAGGACUGAUGAAAUGUAAUGGCUCAUCCUUGUGAGAAUGGAUCUCAGAAGCAGAAGAGUUUUAGAAGAUGAGUGUUCUCAGUUUGGUUGCUUUGCUGACAAAGCAAGGGUACAGAACUGAGAGUUUCAAAUAACUUUAUGCAUACUUAGUCGUACUCUAGAAGUUGUCUCAGACGACCUUCCAUUCUGCAAUAGCUCACAAAACUUCAUCAGGUUACAGCCAGCUCAGUGGGACUAUGUGCAUUUUCAUCAGGUCGGAGGAAUGAACAAGUGCAGGAGCUCGCUGGCAAUCUGGGAAACCCUGUGUGAGAAAAUGUUGUCCAGAUUCUGUACAUGUUUGUGAUCCCAGAGCCUGCCCUGGCAGCUGCCUCAGGAAGAUAAAGCUGAGACUGAAAGCAUCCAGAUCCAGAAAAUUCUCCAGCUGAUAAACUAGAAAUAGGAAGAGUGUGAUCAGUCUCUGUACCACUUUGCCAGCUCCUAUGUUUGAAGUUUGAGUGUCAAGUGCUCUUUUUUCCAGGUAUUGGAAAAUUGGGACUAUAUUAGUUUAUACCGUGCCUGGGGACCGUGCAUCAUUCUGACACCACAAAUGGCAACCUGAACAGAGACACACAAGCUCCUAGGCCACCCUGGACCUGCAGCAUAUCCUGGCUGUACCAAUGGUGGCCUGCAGGGAUUGCCAAGGACGGCCUCUCACUGCUGCCUACAGAACAGGUUAGCCUUGCAAGCAGUCGGGAAAAGUUCCCCAUAAAAAUGGGCAAUAAUAUCAGUAAACUGGAAACUCUCCAUAAAGACUGUUUACUGCAUAUUACUAAGGAACAAGGGUAUAAAAUACAAGAAAGAAAGCUUAUACAGCUCCUUAUAUGGGUGAAAACUUACUGUCCUUGGUAUCCCCCCAAUGGCUCCUAUGACCUCGAUCACUGGAAGCGAGUGGGGGAGUCUCUAAAGUCUCAUCAGGUAGACAGUCAUGAGGUUAACCCUGAUGAAUUCAUUACAUGGCUGAUUGUUUAUUCUGCGCUACAAGCUUUUCGCGAUUCGGAAGAAAUAUUACACCCGGCCGUAAAUUUGUCUGCAGACACUUCCCAUGCACUCACAACUCCACUUUCACGUCCUGAUUCGGUUGGUUUGCAAGUGGAGGAGGGAAUUAAUGGGGAGGAACAGGAAGGUGAUCUCGUGAAUCCAAGAGCUAUUGAUCUAAGACAGGAAUGUGAUUUAUAUCCUGCUAUAAAGCCACAGCCGCUGAAAGCUAUGACUGCAUCACCAUCUACUGACACAAAGGUGCUAAAACAGCAGUCUUGUCUCCCACCCUAUGACAUGUCUCCCUUAAGACACGUGACUGAUAAUGAACUUUCGCUGUCCCCUGAGCCAAAAAGCUUUUUAGACACCUGCCGAAGACAAGCAUUAGAUCAAGGGGAUGUUGAAUUGCUCCAUGAUAUGCCCACGGUCUAUCAAGGCAAUCAGCCUCAUCAUGAGCAAAUUUCUUAUGAAAUGGUUAAGGAAUUAAGAAAAUCUGUGAAAGAAAAUGGUCUUCAGUCUUCCUAUACGAUGAGACUUGUAGAAGCUAUAGCAAAAAACUAUGUUAUGUUACCUGCUGACUGGAAAGCUUUAUUUAAAUUGAUUAUGACAACAAGACAAUAUUCGAUAUGGUGUGCAGAGUAUGAAGAGUUAUGUGAAAAUCAAGCCCGGGCUAACAUGGACACUGGUAAUGCUGGAAUAACAAAGGAUCAUUUGGCAGGGACUGGAGCUCAGACAACCAUAAGAGAUCAGUUAAGAAUGCCCCCAGAGACAUAUAACCAAGUAAGGGGGCUGGCUAUAAGAGCUCUGAAAAGAGUGCCAGACAUUAACAGAACUGAACGUGGCUUCUCCACCAUAAGGCAAGGACCCCAAGAACCCUACAUUAAUUUUAUCGAUCGCUUGCAAACAGCUGGUACAGCAGGUACAGCAAACCCACGCAGCUCAAGUUACGUCAGGAGAACCCCAGGCAGUGCCAGCUUGGACUUGGCAGUUUCCACCACAACCACAAUAAAUGACACAUCAGUUCACCUUACACCUAUCGGCUUAAAUGGACCCCUUGGUUGUCAUGGUGGUGUUUGGGAACGUGGCAACCUAAUGCUGGCCAGUCUGUGGGAUGGUGUCUGGGCAAUGUAAAUACAGGUAUGAGAAAAGUAAGUAACUUCCCUGCUCUUUCACUACAGCCUCAAGAACUGGAUGUACUAGGCUCUAUAAAACUCCUGUAUGUUUUUAUCUUAAUUAUGCUAACAAUACAAGCACAGACAACACAGGAGAUGAUAUAAGUGGCACUGGCAUUUACCAUUAUGCAUCUGCCUGGUGCAAUCCUACUCCCCCCUCACAAGUCACAUCAGGGACCAAUGCAAUAAGCCUGCCUGAUAACAUACUUUUAAUAUGUGGCAACAGAGCAUGGCAAGGCAUUCCAGGUAAAGCAAUGGGAGGUCCAUGUACUUUUGGUUGUUUAACCAAGUUUCGUUCCAGUCUCGAAGCACUAAUUGGACACUAUGACAUAAUGACAUAGGUGAAACAAAAAUGAUGAUAAGUCAUCUGGCCCUGACUGUAACUCUGAGGUUGAAUCUUGGAAUCCUGCAAAGAGAUUUUUUAGUUCUUUAAUUGCCUCUGUUGAUACUGCAUGUGCGUUGAACAUAAUUAAUAAACUAGGCUGUUGGCUUGUGAAGGAAAGUAAUGCUGUUUUAACAGGAUCAUUAACAGAUGUUAACUUUGCACAUCAUGCAGCGCUGCAAAAUAGAGCAGCAAUAGACUUUUAUUGUGAGCGCAGGGACACCAAUGAGAAGACUUCAAUGGAAUGUCCUGCAUAACCCUGAGUGACCACUCUGAAUCUAUUCACAAAAGCAUCCAGGAAUAGAAGAAACUGUCUGGAGAACUGCAACAAAAUGAGGGAUGGGAUCCUUUCAGCCUGUUCUCCUGGUUGGGAAGUUUCAAUUUUGGGCCUUGGGUUAAACACAUAGUUGGUUUAUCUGUAAUGGGAUUUAACAGCACUUUUGAUGAUUAUGUUAUGUUUGCCAUGUGUCUUUUCUUGUAUUCAACAGCUUAUCAAUCAGAAAAUAAAGCAGGUAAUGCUUAUGCAG